UACCCAGAGUAACAUCUCAGUUUUUCUACGGCUGCUGACGAUAGCAUAUCACGCACAACGGAGCAAGUGCACGCAGGCAAACAGGACGAAAUUUUUCACCGAUUCGCCAAUAACACAGUGCGUCCAUUAUAAAAAUAGCUUGCUGUUGUACAUAAUAAAGUGCCCUGAGGGUUUUCUUCCGUUCCUUUUGCUUGCCUUGGUGGUGGCCGGUUUGUACUGGGAACAAGUGCGGAACACUAGGAAUAGGAAUAUCGUUGGGGGCAGUGGGAAAAGUUUUCCAUUUCGUAAAAAUAAAUUCCCUCGCAUGAUUAGGCCGCGCGACGCGUCAAACUCGCGGUGUUCGGCUUCGACAGAAACAAAGUGCGUUUUUGAAAGGUGAUUAGUGAAUCGCUGGAUUACUGCGGAGAGACCGACCGAUACUCAGUACUACCAUUGGAAGGUUUAGAAAGGCAAAGAUACGGCGUACAGUUUUCGCAGUUUGUGAGUGAGGAAGGACGUUUCGAAACGAAAACAGGAAGGAAAAGGCGUGCUUGCAUACGGAUAAGCAGUGGAGCCUUUGUAAGCAUGCAAAGAAAAUUUCGCCAUGCAAAAGAGCGAUGACAGCACAGGUUUAGCUUGUGGAAAUGUGGAAACGUGAAUAAGGUUUUUUUUUAUUUCCCGUCACUCUCGUUGUUGGUGUUACUCGCCGAGGUAGUAUAUAGCAACAGUACAGGAGGAAGUUCUACAUAUCCUUAGUACACAUCGUGGUGAAUUGUUUUCGCUAGUACAACACGAAACCGAAAGACCGCUGAAAGUGUGUGAGAUCAAAAGUUUGGCUUUUUUAUUUGUACGCAUACGAACGGUGUAGCGGCGGAAAGGUGAACCGGCUCCUGUAUGCGGAAUCACCCGAGCGGUUUGAAACAGGAACAGGACAAACUGUUUGCGACUGUGAUGCUGCAUCGUGGAGCCACCCUCGUACGCUGAGCAGCUUCCGCGUGCAAGCCAUCAAGUCAAACGGAACAGAAGAAAUAAGCAAACAAACAUCGUGAAGCCAUCUGCACGGACAGACACACCAGCGCAGAAGAUCCAUUGACGGCAAACGGCGGCAGAUGCGAACCCAUAAAGGGGUACCACCAGCCAAUACCCUGUCCAGGCGUGAACAGUGCGCUGCUAGUAAAACUAUACUCACGAGGAGUCGAAAAUGAAAUUUAAUGGUUUCGUAAAUGUUUUAUGCUUGAAACUAACGCUAAUUAUAAAUUUAGCAAAUGGGAAAUUGAUGCACGAGAAGGACAAACACGAGCCUUACAACGUGGAAGGCGUGGAAGGACGUAGUAUCGAGUUACAAUGCCCAAUUACCGUUUCACUGACCGAGGUGAGCAUGGUGCUCUGGUUCAAAGACAACGCCGGAAUACCACUGUACAGCGUGGACGUACGUGACAGAAUAUCCCGGCAACCGUCGCACUGGUCAGCGCCAGAAGUAUUUGGAUCACGUGCAAAGUUCAAUAUUGAUAAAUCGCCAGCUUCGCUGCUGAUCAAGAAUCUCAAGCGCCAUGAUCAAGGUGUGUAUCGUUGCCGAAUAGACUUUCGAACUCUGCAAACUCAAACAUAUCGCUACAACUUAACUGUUAUUGUACUUCCGGAGCAACCGGUGGUUUUGGACCGCUGGGGACGACUAAUGAACGGAACCAAGCUCGGACCGAAAGAGGAAGGCGAUGAUGUCGUUAUCACGUGCCGCGUAUCGGGAGGUCGACCACAGCCUGAGGUGCGAUGGUUGAUUAACGGUGUUACCGUGGAUGACCAGUACGAGCACAAUUCCGGGGACAUCAUCGAGAACCGGCUGCUGUGGCCAACUAUCCAGCGCAGUGAUCUGAAUUCCAUAUUCACCUGUCAGACCACGAAUACCCGGCUAGCGGAGCCGAAAGAAACCAGCUACGUGCUGGACAUGCACUUAAAACCACUGUCAGUUAAGUUAAUCAACCCGCCUGAAACAUUGAUGGCGGACAAAAGGUACGAAGUCACCUGUCAGAGCAGCGGCUCCCGGCCAAAUGCCAUCAUCACUUGGUACAAGGGUAAACGUCAGAUGCGCCGCACCAAAGAUGACAUCCAAAGUCAUAACACAACCAUUUCAACACUCAGCUUUUCACCAAGCACUGAGGACGACGGCAAAUCACUGACCUGUCGAGCCGAGAACCCAAACGUUAACGGUCUGUUUCUGGAGACCACCUGGAGGAUGAAUGUUGUUUAUCCGCCAAUAGUGACCAUCCAAAUCGGAUCAACACUAGCUCCCGAUGACAUUAAGGAAGGUGAUGAUGUGUAUUUUGAGUGCCAUGUAAAAUCGAACCCUACCUGGCGAAAGUUGCUCUGGUUCCACGAUGACACGCUGCUGCUGCAUAACGCAUCCGCCCGUGUCAUCCAAACCAACCAAAGUCUGGUGCUGCAGAAGGUGGUAAAGCAAUCGGCCGGAUAUUACGCUUGCAGUGCAAUCAACGACGAAGGGGAAACCGUUGGUAAUCAGCAAUUUCUUCGAGUGAAGCAUGUCCCGGUGUGCGGCCGUGAGAAAACCGUCCUAAUUGGUGCAUCGAAAAACGAAAAUGUGGAAAUUUUAUGCGAGAUUUAUGCAGAUCCGCCAGCAAGGUCCUUUCACUGGCGCUUCAAUAAUUCCGCGGAAAUACUAACAGUCGACUCGAACAGGUACUCCAACUAUGGAAACUACAGUGUACUGCCUUACACACCCGUAACCGAGCAAGAUUAUGGAACUCUUUCGUGCUGGGCUUCGAAUGAAAUUGGCACCCAAAGUGAACCUUGCUUAUUUCAAGUUUCCUUCGCAGAUCUUCCGGCACCGGUAAGCAACUGCACCCUGUUCAACCGGACGCAACAGUUUGCCGAGAUCCAGUGCGCACCUGGCUAUGACGGAGGUCUACCGCAAAUGUUUAUGCUGGAAUUAGUCUCCAAAAGGACCGGAAAUAGAAGGUUUAACUUCUCCAACAAACAUGAACCGUACUUUUUUCUGGACCGACUAGAAAAACUGGCCGUUUUGAUGUCGCUGGAAAACAACUCACUAUCGUGUGUGGUGUAUGCCAUCAACCCAAAAGGACACAGCCCUGGCGUGGUUAUUUCCAACUUCGAAAUUGGCCAUAUCCAUCCUUUCCGGAUAGCGAGCAAACACUCGACCGAAUGGCUGCCAAUAGCUCUUGGAGUCCUGCUUACCAUCAUAAUAUUGGCUCUCUCGAUUUCAACCAAAGCGUACCUCACCCGAUGCUGGGCCAACUGCUGCUGGCGCCGACAACGGCGACUUCUGCGAACCGACAGCAAAACGGGUGAUAUUAAAAUUGCACAGCAAACAAAAAAUAUUGUGAUAUCCAGCGAUUUCGAGUGCGGAACUAAUUGUUUGAAGCUAAAAAAUGCACAAAGCCAGCACCAAUCGCAACAGCGCACAAGCUUAAGAAGAAAAAAUUCGUCAAAGGAUUCGAAUGAGGACGAGCCCGAUCCGGACGUAAUUCCAGCGCAGUUCAAUAUGCUUUCCUCCUCAUCAAUGGCAUCAUCGCCAAUCCCUAGUUCUAAGGAAAAGGAGCAGUCAUGUUACGCAUAUUCAAACUAUUCUGCCAACUCGUACUAUCUCAAUCCAAUAGAUUCAGGUGACCUAAGCAACAGUAUUGGAUUGGACCGGCAUCAAAUUUCACCGUCAGCCGAUCGUCACAAAUUUGAUUUUCACCAGCAUCACCAACAUCAUCAUCAUCCAGACGUUCCGUCAGUUAUUGAAUACAACAGAAACGUUCAGCCUACGCUCGCAACCACAUCCGGUGGUUCUGAUCUGGACAUCAACAUUAUCAAGGAUUGCCUCAUGACAACUCGCGUGCCGGAAAGCUGUGUUUGACCGGUAUCCGUAACAGACGGAUUCAAUUCGUGGAUGCGAUACUGUGUCUUGGCUUUCUAUUCAAUUGCCAUACUAAAGAUUAAAUCGUCUGAACGUAGCUGCUACGCAGUCGAUGACGCAGAAACACUGGCCAACCUUUUCGUCCCACUGUGGAGCUAUGUGAAAAUGUGAAACGUGUUUUAUUGACAGUAGAGAAAAAUUAUAUCAAUAUUUUACAUGAUUAUAGAGAAUGAUUUUUA